AGGAGACAUGGGACCCAUGGGCUUCCCUGGUGAACCUGGACAGUUAGGACCUAGAGGACCUCCAGGAGACUUAGGCCGACGAGGAGACAAGGGAGAACCAGGUAUUCCUGGAGUAGGACCAAGAGGACCUCCUGGAGCACUUGGAUACCUGGAGAGAAGGGUCUUCCAGGACCUCCUGGCAAAUACGGCAGUCCCGGAGAACCUGGGAUGAAUGGGCUCCCUGGGGAGAAGGGAGAUGCAGGAGUACCUGGGACUGGAUGGCCUGACUGGAGCUACAGGACCCAAAGGAGAUGCAGGCGUUAG